AUGAUUGUCACUACUCGUGGCUUCGCCAGAGCAACUCGCCUACAAUGGCGCUCUACAAGCACAGCAUCAAAAGCUCCUCGCAAACCACCAACCAAGACGCCUGCGCCUCGAGCUGCUCCUCCCCGAACCUCCACCUCAUAUAAGCCGAACCCUCGAAAACCGCAUCCUCAACCUCAGCCUCAGCCUCAUCAACACAACACCUCCCCACCAAGCGACACCCUCCAAUCCGUCUGGCGCCGCUCCUGGCUCCCCCUCUCCGGCGCCGCCAUCCUCGCCGGCUUCCUAGGCUUCUACAUCAUCGGCACUGUAGCAGCCUCCCUGAAAACAUGUCCCUGCCAAACACCCUGCGAGCACGCCACGCCAACCGGCCGACCGCCCGCCCUGACCGGUGACAACGCCGAGCAAUUCGACAAGGAACUAAACUUACCUGAAUGGUGGAUGGGCAUCACGAAACUGCGCAAGAAACUUGCCCACCAUGCAAAGGGCAACGUGCUAGAAUUGGCGAUGGGAACGGGUCGAAACCUCGAAUACUACAACUGGGACGGGCUCGAAACACAGGCAGCACCGGCGCAAAAGGGCGCCGUCAAGGGAAUAACCUCGUUUACGGGUUUAGAUAUAUCCGUGGACAUGCUAGAUGUGGCGCGAAGACGACUUGUCAAAACUGUUCCCCCAAUGGCUGACUCGGAGCCCAUUGUGAAGAGGUCGACUAUGGCGGACCACACAGGAGGUCAACUGUCGUUUCUCAACGACCGACUGCGACUGAUUCACUCCGAUGCGCAUCAUCCCCUUCCACAGACCGCGAAUGCGACUCGGCUAUCGUCGCCGACACCUGGGACGUACGACACUAUUAUACAAACGUUUGGACUUUGCUCAGUGUCAGAUCCUGUUGCUGUGUUGUGCAAUUUAGCGUCUGCUGUCAGGCCUGAGAGCGGUCGCAUCAUUCUACUUGAGCACGGAAAGGGCUGGUAUGGACUUGUCAAUGGCCUCCUGGAUAAGAAUGCUGGCAAGCAUUUCGAGAAAUAUGGUUGUUGGUGGAACCGCGACAUUGAGGCGCUGGUCGAGGAAGCUGUACAACGGACACCAGGACUGGAGAUCGUCAAACUGGACCGGCCCAACAUCUUACAAAUGGGCACAUUGGUUUGGGUAGAACUGCGGAUGAAGGGCAAGGACUCACCUCGUGUAUGA